CGUCGUUAGAAAUUCAGCAAGUAGUCGAGUCGAAAUAGCUGAAACCUUGUGUGAGUUUAUAAUUUCCCUCGCAGACGCUUAACUCUCAGCCUCAGUAGUCACUACCUUUUUUCGCCGGUAAAUCGCCGCCGAUCACCCACCCACCCACGCCCAGAAGAGGAUUGCGGGGAUAGUGUAAAUGAGAAUGGAAUGGAGUGAGGACGACUUUACUUUCUUAAACUACCCUGUUUAAUCAUCAAUUGAUACAUUGCUCAUCUGGUUUCCUUGGUUGCUGUUAUUAAGCUGGAUUAGAGACGAAUACAGUUGAAGCUGCAAUCUAUCUGUUUCAGCUGAAGAAAUUUAAAUGGCAGAUUUAAUGCCAAAAACAGAGACAGAAAGACCAGUUGCUGUUAAUAAUGGUAAUAAUGGUGUUGUAAAGAACAAGAAGAAGAACAAAGAGGUUGCUCCCUUCGGAAAUUGCAGGAAUUACUAUGGCUAUCGUGUUGGACAUGACGUUGAGGAGGAUCCACGGUUCAAAGUACUGAAGAAGGAGUGGUUUCAAGGCAAAGAUUGUCUUGACAUUGGUUGCAACAGCGGAUUGAUAACUAUUAAUAUUGCAAAGAAGUUUGACUGUAGGACUAUUCUUGGCAUUGACAUUGAUAAUAAUCGAAUCAAAGAUGCUUGGUGGCGCCUUCGGAAGAUGGUAAGAGAAGAGAAAACUGGAAAUGGAUGUGUUGGGUCCUCCAAGACAAGGGUUAAGGGUGUGAAUGAAUCGGAAUGUGCUGAAACUUGUUCCACAAGUACAAAGGAUGAUGAGACUGAUACUCUCUCGGUGGAUAGAAAUCUUCUUGACAUUGUAUCUUUUCGAUGUGAAAAUUUUGUUCUUAGUUGGGUCUCACUUCCCCUUGAAAACAAUGAUACCAUUCUGUGUUUGAGUGUGACAAAAUGGGUUCAUUUGAACUGGGGUGAUGAAGGAUUAAUAUCGUUAUUUGCAAAGUUUUGGAGACUCCUCCAUCCGGGUGGCAUUCUUGUCUUGGAGCCUCAGCCAUGGGAAUCAUAUUACAAGAAUCGUCUUACAACUGAGAUCACGCAGAUGAAUUACAAUAAUAUAGUAUAUAAACCCGAUUUCUUCCAGGAGAUGCUUCUUGAUAAGAUUGGAUUCAGAACCGUUGAACAAGCAACGAUGAGUGUAUCAGGUGCAACAUUGGGUUUUGAUAGAGCUGUUUUAGUUUUUCGUAAAUAAGUAGUGAAGGCAAAUAUAUCUGUUUGCAAAAUUUUUAGGUUUAUAUGAUUCAUAUUAAUGUAUCAAAAACAGUAGCUACUAUAACUCAAAAGUUUUAUUCUUUUAACCAAGUAAUUGGUGCUGCUUGAGGUACUUGGUAUUUUUGCCACUGAUAAAUACUAGUAUUAUCUUAUACAGUUAUACUUUGUAUA